GACGAUAACUUUGCCAUCCAAACAAUUUCGUCAAUUAUCAUUUUUGUUGGCAAAGUCAGAAGGUAUGGGUUAUGAGCUAGGACGAUUUGAGGGGGAUGUUGAUGAGGAGUUAAUUUGUCCAAUAUGCAGUUGUGUCUUGGAAGAGCCAUUACAGGCUCCACAGUGUGAGCAUGCCUUUUGUUCUGCGUGUAUACACGAAUGGCUUACAAGGCAACCAACGUGCCCUGUAGACAGAAGCGCAAUAACACCUAAUCAGCUAAAAAGUGUUCCUAGAAUUCUAAGGAACCUUUUAUCUCGUUUGACAAUAUGCUGUGAUAAUAAAUCUUAUGGUUGCUCUGUUGUGAUGAAGCUUGAUGCCCUACCUAACCAUCUCCAAGAAUGUGAAUUCAAUCCAAAAAAGCCAAUUCAGUGUGAAAAUGGCUGUGGCUUAGUUGUACCUAAAGAUGAAAUUAAGGAACAUAACUGUGUAAAAGAGUUGCGCAACUUGAUCCAGCAGAUGCAGCAGAAGCUAACAGACAUACAGACAGAAAGUAUGGAGCAAAAAAUUCUGCUCAGAGAUCAGAAGCGGGAAAUACAAAGUUUAAAUGAAGCAUUAAGAGCCAUGAGGAUAAUGAACCCUAGGAUCCGUGAUAUUCAGACCUCCAUGGAAAACGAGGACCUUACAAGGUGGGUCAACAGCCUACAGCCAGCCCGCGUGACCAGGUGGGGUGGCAUGAUCUCCACCCCAGACGCUGUGCUGCAGGCGGUCAUCAAGAGGGCCCUGAUGGAGAGCGGCAGCCCCUCACAUGUGGUCAACGAGCUGAUGGAGAAUGCUCAUGAGCGGCGCUGGCCGAGUGGACUCAGUACGUUAGAAACUAGGCAGCUCAACCGUAGACAGUAUGAGAAUUAUGUCACUAAGAGGAUACCAGGUAAACAAGCUGUAGUUGUAAUGUACUGUGAGAACCAGCACAUGCCUGAAGAACUAAUUCUAGAACCUGGCCUCGUUAUGAUAUUUGCCCAUGGGGUGGAGUAGCACACCAUCUUGGUGAAUAUGAACCUAGUCAACUAACAAGACUCUUAAUUAUAGUUGUGAGCAAGGAACUUCUUGUAAGGAACAAAGAUAAAAACUAUCCAUCUACUGCUGCUUGCCAGAUUUUUUUGGCAAGCUCAGAUCAACAGUUGUGAAUACAAGCAAUGCAUGAUUUGCCAGCUGGGAUAUGUUUAGCCAAAUUUAUUUUUCAUAUGGAUACAAGUACAAGUGAUUUCCUGAAAGUGGAGUUGAACUCACCAGCUAGUGUUGUUGUUGCAUGAUCUGAGAAAUUGAUUGUACAAAUACAGGAGGAUUUUAAUUUAUUUCACUUCAUUGUUGAUGGUUGGUGUGCAUAGCCAACAGGGUUGUGUGGUUUGUGGUUGAACUUGAUUUAAUGGUGGCCUGUGUUGACAUCAUGUGACAAUCAAAACAUACAAGAUGUACGUGUGGUUUGUGCUGAAACAUCUGAUCAAUUGAUUUCAUGGA